CACGUGGAGUAGAAGAUUUCUGACAGAUUUAACGUCUGGCGGUAGAUUGUUGUUGCUGUGAAUCUCUUCUCGCAUUUCCUUGCGAGUGACUCAGUCGGGAGUGACUCUUAGCUGUUUGAUGGGGGAGUGAUUGUAUGCAACAAGAGGGGGCACGUCCUAAUCAGAUUAUUUUCAUUAGCCAAUAUCAGGAAAAAGAAGGUGGAACGCUGAAAGAAGGUGAUGACCACUUGUGUGAGAGUAACAGGGAGGAGACGAGCACGGCCGACAAGCGAACUGCCAAGCCCCUGUUUGCUUGGAACUGCUAAAUGUAAACAGUGAACUCAAGGAGACGGAAGCAACAGCUUUACAAGUCGUUGUCACAGCGAGUUCUACCCAUCCCACCCCAGAGACACAGCGACUGUAAAAGGUGGCUGCUGCAUGUAGACAGGUUGGAGUGUUCCAGAUUUUACAACUGAACAGGAAAAGAAACCACAGACUGUUGUCUGGAGAUUGAAACUAGUGCCAACUGCAUUCCAUGUAGUGUUGUCACCGCUUUUGGACCAACAAGGCGUGUCUGGACUCUGAGGAAAGGGCAGAGGAGAGCCUAUGCACUGAACAUCAAACACUAACCAAAAGAUCAAGUUUAAAGUAUCCCGGGAGGCAAAUUCAAAAUCCAUCUUAUGGCCCUAUAUGCUUCAUGAACUACAUUUUCUGAAAACAUAUCUACAGAACUUUCUUGGAUUAAUAAGCAGUGUGCACAGAACUCUAUUUUUGAAGGAAAGAUAUAGAUGAAUUAUUGUUGAUGGAUUCUUUACAUAACUUAUCAGAUUACCUCAAAAAAAUGUGUUGCUGACAAAUGAAUGAAACAGAAGAAGAACUAUAAUACCUUUGUUUCUUACCAAGACAAUAAAUCAAUGGAGACGAUUCAGGCAGUAAAGCUAGAGCAGCCUAUGGAGACUCAAUAUGGGAGCAGUGCCGCUAGCAGUUAUCAUAGAGGUAGUCUGUCCUCCAGCAGUGAUGAUGGAAGCAGUAUCUAUUCCAAGUCAAACAGUAUGCCAGAUGGUAUAAGGAAAGGGUCCAGGAAGCACCAGGAUUAUCUCCAGAUCUCUGUACUUGAUUCAAAAGUCAAAUAUCCAUUAGAGUGGUGGAAAACUGGCAUUGCAUUUCUUUACGCAUUCUUUAACCUAAUGCUGACAUCUGUCAUGAUCAUUGUGGUACAUGAGAGAGUUCCUCCAAAAGAGGCCAGCCCUCCCCUACCAGAUAAAUUUUUUGACUACAUUGAUCGAGUGGCUUGGGCUUUCUCUGUAACCGAAAUCUGUGGAAUGAUACUUACCGGACUGUGGUUAAUCCAGUGGUUAGCACUCAGAUACAAAGCAAUAAUUGGACGUCGGUUCUUCUUCAUCAUGGGCACAUUGUACCUGUAUCGAUGCAUUACCAUGUAUGUAACCACACUGCCAGUACCGGGGAUGCAUUUCAAGUGUGCUCCAAAGCUUCAUGGAGACUCUGAGGCUAAAAUUCAGAGAGUCAUCAAGCUGGUAUCAGGUGGUGGCCUUUCCAUAACUGGAUCUCACAUCAUGUGCGGAGACUUUCUCUUCAGUGGCCAUACUGUCAUUUUGACGAUCACCUAUUUAUUUAUCAAAGAAUACUCACCUCGUCGGUUCUGGUGGUAUCAUAUGUUCUGUUGGCUGAUCAGCUUCAUUGGGGUGGUUUGCAUUCUUCUGGCGCAUGAACACUACACGGUGGAUGUCGUGGUGGCAUAUUUCAUUACUUCAAGACUAUUCUGGUGGUAUCACAGCAUGGCCAACAUAAAGAAUCUGAAAUGUACGUCUCCAACCAACUGCCUGUCUCGGGCUUGGUGGUUUCCAGUAUUCAACUUCUUUGAAAAGAAUGUGCCUGCUGCGGUUCCCUGUUACUUUGCAUGGCCUAUAUCCUGCCCUCCAAGCUGCUGCAGAAAGUCAUCUUCCUCAACCUCAAACAACUCCUCCUCCACAUCCUCCCCCAAAACAUACUCCAAGGUUCAAAAGGUCUGAGGAGUGAAAAAGGGGAAAAUAUGUGCCUCAUUUUACCAAGGUCCUUAAAGAAAACACUAAAUGAAGAAUUGUUUUGUUGCACAACCUCUGUGAAGGGGUAGACCGACCUGUGCUGAACUUAUGCCAAAGAUAGUAACUGCAGGAUAGCUAGUCUCCAAGGAAUCUCUUUUUAAAAGUCAGACUUAAACUCCUAACUCUCCUGUGUGAGUCUGUCUUCAAGUAUCACUAGAUUUCCAAUGAUUUCUUCAUGUUUUCACUAAAGAAAAAAUAUACUUGGGGACAGUGUAAAAGCUAUAGCAGUAUUUGACCUCCAUUAAUGUUAUAGCUGGUUGGUGGAAUGUACCACUUUAUGCAGACAUAUCUGUAUAAGAAGGAAAAUGUGUAUUGUAUAGUAAAAGACUGUAGCUUUUCAAUCAUUAUAAAACAAGACCAAAUGUGCAAAACUGUA